CACGGUUAGGAGCGCCUCUGCACUCCAGCGUGCUCUCAUCACAGGCAGAGCAUCCCCGUCCAACCAAACGCUUCACACACACACACACACAAACGCUGCUGAGACAUGGACGCACCGAGAAGAAAGGGAUGAAACUGGACCGAGGAGAUCAAGACAAAAACAACCGUGUGAGGAGAAGAAGAAGAGUGAAGAAAGAAGAAGGGGUUCAAAAGAAGACUACAGAGAAAGUGACGGCGCGAUAGAGGACAGUAACCAGGUGCAUCGAGGCAGAGAAUGGGCAAUUCCUCCUUCCCAGGCAUGUCACCUCUCUCUCCGUCCAUUCUGUAGUUGCAGGUCGAGAGAAGAGAAAGGGUCCCAUGAUCUCUACCGGUGAUGCAGAGUUCCCGCGGGAUUACCACACCCUGGCUGCCGGCGGCAACCGUGGGGCCCGGCGGUUCCCCGACAACAACAACGGGGGGUUCACGUCGUCCUCGCUGGACCGCCGGCACAACUCGGUGGCCGCCAAGAGCCUGGAGGCCCUGAACAGCAUCCACAAGGCGGACAUCGAACGCCAGCGAGACGCCCUCAUGGAUCUCCAGAAGAACAAGUUCUCCAACAGCCCCGGCAGCGUGUCGCAGGGCUCCGCUCCUGCUGCACGACAGCAACAACCAAACUACUGGAGCUUCAAGACUCGCACACCACGUGUGACACGACUCAGCCCGACACAGCCAGCUCUUGCUGACCAGGCCAGCAGGGUUUCCUUUGCGUCAGCUGAAAAUCUGGAGACCAUGUCGGAGCCUGACAUGCCCAUCGGCUUUAACCGGAUGAACCGGCUUCGCCAGAGCCUGCCGCUGGCCCGCACCUCCAGCCAGGCAAAGCUGCGGGCGCCAGGGAUCUUGUUCCUCCAGCUUGGGGAGGAGACUCGCAGGGUGCACCUGACCCACGAGCUGACCAGCCUGGACACUCUGAGGGCCCUCAUCGUGCACAUGUUCCCCCAGAGGCUCACCAUGGCCAUGCUCAGGUCUCCCAGCACUGCUCUGCUGAUCAAAGAUGAGACCCGUAACGUCUUCUAUGAGCUGGAAGACCCACGAGACGUUCAGGACCGCUGCGUAAUUAAGAUUUACUGCAAAGAGCCCAUCUACGGCACCUACCCCGGACACCAACACCCACACCUGGCUAACGGAGACCUGCGGAGGGAGAUGGUGUAUGCUCCUCAGGACUCUCCGCCCAACCGCCGCCUCAGCAACCCGCCCAUGUCUUCUCAGCAUUCAUCUUGCUCUGCCUCCCCUCAGGGCUCACCGUCCCGCGCCCGCCUCCUCUACAGCGGCGGCAGGCCUUCUUCCUAUGCCGGGCCGCCCCACCACACCCACUCCCUGCCGCACCCGCACUCCCAGUCCCAGUCCCACCACUCCUCUCCCCACCAGCAGCCGCAGCUCCACCAGCCCCAUCACGCCCAGCAGGCCUUCUGCUCCUCCUCCAGCGCCAUCCUGGAGCGCAGGGACGUGAAGCCCGAUGAUGAAGUAGGGGGGUCCAGGAGCAUGGUGCUGCUGCGGGGAGACGAACGCGGGGGAGGUGGGAUCUACGCAGACCCCUACUCUCUGGGCCCAGACACAAGCCGGCUAAGUCUCGCUGGAGGUCCUCACUCGCCUCUCCCAGCCAGAGCAGACCCCUAUGGCUCCUUAUACCGCCGGGGAGGGGGAGGGGGCGGAGGUGGUGGUGCUGGAUCGAUGCGAUCACUCACCUCCUACACAGCGGCCGCUUUACAAGGAGAGCUGAUGGAAAGCGGGGCUCUCUACAGACCAGGGGGGCCGCUUUAUAACGACGCCUACGCUGCGUCUAUGUUGGCCAUGGGGCUGCGGGUGCCUCCACCUUCCUCCCCACAGAAGAUACCCGACAUGAGGGAGUCCUACGGGGGCACCAUGCCCGGUCGGGGCUCCCCAGGGAGGCAGAGUUUGCGAAGGGACUCGGUGACGUCCUCCGUGUUUGGGGACAGCCCCAAAGCUCGGGGCCAGGGCUCAGGGUUAGGACUCACCUCAGAGCAGCUCUGCCUGAUGGCCGGUCCCGGAGGGGAGGGAGGGAGUGCCGGAGGCUUCGGCUCACCUCUGCUGGGAAAUGAAACAGAGACCCGGGAGCGUAUGGAGGCCAUGGAGAAGCAGAUAGCAAGCCUGACCGGGCUGCUGCAGAGAGUACUGAGCAGAGCGCCUGAGGCAGACAGCCCGGAGAAGAUUGAGUCAGCCAGUGACUGCUCAGGAACUGACACUGGACGAACUAAAAAAAAGAAAGCUCUGACACCGUCUGCUCCUUUGGCCCUGAUGCCACCUCCACCCUCGGGGCCCAACCAGCCCGUCACAGUGUCCCGUCUGCAGAUGCAGCUCCACCUACAAGGCCUGCAGCAGAACACCAACGCACUGCGCAAACAACUGUCGCAGCUACGCAACAUCCAGCUGGAGAACCAGGACUCUGUCUUGUCCCUGCUGAGGCAAACGGAGUCGGAGCUGAGCCUCAUGAUGCUGGACGCCAUGCGGACCCAGGAGGACCCGCUCCAGAGACAGCGCCUCCUUGUGGAGGAGGAGAGACUCAAGUACCUGAACCAGGAGGAGCUGCUCAUCCAGCAGCUGCAUGAUCUGGAGAAUUCGGUGGAGGAGCUGCAGAGGAACUCGUCGGUCAAUCACGGCCUGGUGACGGAGCAGGACGUGGAGCAGAAGAGCAAAGAGCUGAGAAAGCUGGGAGAGACGCUCACUGAGCUCAAAAACCAGUUCCCCAGCCUGCAGAGCAAGAUGCGGGUGGUGCUGAGGGUGGAGGUGGAGGCUGUUAAGUUCCUGAAAGAGGAGCCUCACCGCCUGGACGCCCUGUUAAAGCGCUGCAACACCAUGACUGAUGCGCUCAGCAUGCUCCGCAGUCUCUUGUAUCCCUCCUAUAUGUACAGACAAGUGACCGAAGGCGUGUGGAAGGGCCCUGAGGAUCUCUCCACCCAAUCGCUGAAGAGACCGGAGGACAUGAGUCGCAGCUCCGACCUGGAUAUCCUCAACAGUCCUCCUCUCAGCCUCAGUGACCUGAGCACCAGCUCCAGCCUGGCCAACUGGAUGCCUGUGUCCGCCGGCGAGAGCGACACCUCGGGCCCCGAGCAGGACAUCCAGCCCUCCAUGACCUUCAGGAACCGGGUGCUUGAGGAGCUGCCGAGUCGGCGUCCUGGCGAUAACUCUGUGUCAGCCGAAGUCAGACUGGCGGCGGAGCGGGACUGGGAGGAGAAGCGUGCCAGCUUGACCCAGUUCAGCGCCCAGGACAUUAAUCGCUUGCUGGAAGAGACCCAGGCUGAGCUGAUGAAGGCCAUCCCGGACCUCGACUUUGCUGCCAGGCACAUCAACAAGCCUGCGGUGCCCCCCAAGCCCCAGAUCACUAUCCCAAUCCCAAUAACCUCCGGCGCAGCAACGUCUCCUGCAGCCGGGACUACUGGGACCACAGCCACCACCACCACCUCGACCACCCCGCCCAACGGCAAACAGCAGCCUGGCAAAGUGCAGCUGGCGGCCCAGAAGCUCAACAGUUUGGAGGGGGCCGGUUCACAUCGAGGUUCGGUGGAUCUCAGCGUGACCAGGUACCGUACAGAGAAGCCCUCCAAGUCUCCGCCUCCACCGCCACCUCGCAGAAGCUUCCCGUCGGCACACGGCCUGACCACCAACCGCACUGGAGAGGUCAUCGUCACCACCAAGAAUAUGAAGAUGGAGGAGGAUGGAGACAUGGCUAAAACCCUGGUGAAGCUGAGGCGGACCCCCAGCGACACCCCUCGGCCGGCCUCGACCCCGCCUGUGAUCGCAGCGUCGGCCAUUCACGACGACGACGAUGACGAAGAGAAGAUUAUCGCUGAGCUUGAGAUAUUUCAGAGAACGCCUGUUAAAGAUUGUAAUAAACCACACAGCACCCAACCAAAGGCCACCCCCACCCGUCCCUGCAUCUUUGGGUCCCUUGGCAGAAAGAACAGCACCAACUCCCCGGGGCCGACGAAGGGCCCCACCGUCGCAGCCCGGCUCAAACACCUUCAACAAGGCAGCCUAGAGAGGCCCAAAGGCCGCAAGCAGAAAGAGGAUUUCCCUAAAGUCCAGGGCCAGCAGCAGGUAUUCCACUUCUAAAACCUCGGCCUGUGAUGCUCCGUCUGCCGUCACUUCAGAGGAACCUGUGGCCCCGCCAGCAGACUAUAUGAGAUUACACAAAAACCAGAGGGGGAGCGCUCUGCAGAAACCUUGAUUUUGUGCGUUUUUUGACAUUUAAGUUACUGGAUCUAACCUAGCUUGCUUAGAGAUCAAGUUCUUGUCGUACGAGUCUGUCGAUGUUUUGAUUUCCUGAGGAAGGUGUUGGUGGUGCUUGGGACUGAUUAACCUAGCUUUAUUAUAAUAGUCCGAUCUAUUCAGAUACAUCCUUUUCCUUCUAUUGUGCGAAAUAAUCUGCCACGGAAUGAUUUCAUACAGUAUCUCAAAGUUAUAUUUUCCCAUUAUCCAGCCGUGUAGUCUCGCAUUGAAUCCUCAUCUCUCACUCCAUGUAUCCAGUGACGACCUCACGCUGCUCUCCUUGUUUCUCCUAUCCUAUGAAUCUACAGGUUAGCGGCAGCGCUGCAGCAUUUACACAGUGUUUAAGUGCGUUGGUCUGGCUGACCAGUGAUGGAACAACCAAGAGGCUGAUCCAUUAAGCUAGUUUACUCAGAAUUGCCUUUUAAAAAACUUUAAUGCCACAAAUUAUUAUGCAAGGCGACAAGGGUGAAGCACAAAGGUGCAAUGACACAUGAAAAGGUGUUUUUUUGUGGAAGAGAUUUUCAGUUUAAUGUGUGCACUAAACAUAUUGAUAGAAAGUAAAAAAGAAGUUGAGAAUUAUAGAUUAUAAAGGAAGACUGAGGUAACACAGGAAAGACUGAACAGAAGCAUAUAAGCAUCUGUUUAAAUACCUAAUUAUGAAAAUAAAACCACGGAAUUUAUAACAUUGAAAUGUUUGGAAAUGGAAUUUGGAAAAUCGACAUUUUUCUUUAAAUACACCUCUUUUGAAAUUUCAAUCAUGUAGCUUCAUGCUGUGUAAUUCCA